AUGGUAUUUCAAGCAGCGGGUUUGGAGUCUGAGAUCUUGGUUAAUGAAGGAAGUCCAAAGCAGAUUAUUAAAAAUUGGAUUGAAAACGACAGUGAGCACAAGUUUGUUAUGAAAGUUUGCAUUUUGUGGAAUAUAUGGAAAUCCAGGAACGACAUAAUUUUCUCUCAUGGAUCCUUUUCAGUGCAGUUAAUCUUAAAGAAGGCAUCUCAAGACUUCGAUUUGUGUAUGGAAAAUCUGCUAAAGAACUCUGAAAAUUCCAGUUUUACAAUUCAAACUUGGUUACCGCCUGAACAUCCUUUUAUCAAAAUUAAUGUGGAUGCAACCUUUAUUCCUAACAAUGGUGCGGCUGGUGUUGUGGAUCGAGAUUAUGAAGGAAGGUUCCUAGGAUGUGUUGCUAUUACAUUUAUGGAAACAUCUCCUCUUCUGGAAGAAUCGGUGGCAUGUAGAUUGGGAGUGGAAUUAGGAAAAUAUAUGAACAUUGAUAGGAUCAUUAUUGAAGGUGAUGCUCUUAACUACUGCAGUAAAUGGAGAUGUUAG